GAUAUCAGAGCCUGUCAGCAGCUGAGCAGGGGGAGCUGGGACUGAGAGAAGCCAGAGCUGAAGCAGCUCCUGAAGAAUAAUCUAUCCACUGAGUGUCCAGAACAGCUGAAUCAAAAUGAAGACAUCAAAAGUGACAAAUGGAACCGCCUCCGGGGAGGAAGGCCAUGUCACAAUAUUGAAUUCACAAGCAAGCGGCCCCAGGAAGGCUAGAGCUGGCACUAAAAGGAAAUCCAAAACAGCCGGGGUGAUGAUAACUCAGUUCACUGAAGAUAUCCCCAAAGGAUGCAGCACGCCGGACUUUGAGCGCAAACCCAUCCCCUUAACAAUACAAGAAGGUAAAACAGCCACAUUUAAAGCAGUGCCCAGUGGGGAACCCAAGCCUGAGGUGACCUGGAGGAGGGCUAAGGGAGAUAUGGAUGACCCUAAAAAGUUCAAAUUCACUUACGACAAAGCCCUGAAUGAGUACUGUUUACAGGUGAUCAAAGCUAACGGAGACGAUGCCGAUACCUAUAGAUGCUAUGCCAGCAAUGAGUACGGAGAGGCGGUGUGCUCUGUGACGCUGAUUAUUAUUGAACUUGGGCUUAAGAAGAAGUCUAAACCCAAGACUAAUAAAGAUGGAAGCAAGGACCCUACAGAGUUCAGAAAGCUGUUGAAGAAAAGGACUGGUGCCAGGGUCAAACAGGAGAAGAUGUCAGAGGAAAAGAUGUGGGAGCUCCUGAUGAGUGCAGAUAAGAAGGACUACGAGCGGAUCUGCAUGGAGUACGGCUACACAGACUUCCGCGGCAUGCUCAAAAAACUGACACAGAUGAAGAAGGAGAGAGAGGAAGAGCAGGCCAAGUACAUUGAUGCCAUCAGUAACCUAAGACAUAUCCAAGUAACCAGUGAAGGCUCGGCGGAGUUUGAAAUUGAGAUGGAGCUCAAAGAUCUCAACAGCAGGAUAUUUCUGUACAAGGAUGGGGUCAUGAUUCCUUUCAGCACCGAUAUGGAGAUGAAGCACAACCUGAAAAGGUGGGGCAAAAAGUACAUCUUCUCUAUCAACAGCCUAAUGCCAGAAGAUGCAGGGUUAUACCAGGUGGACGUGGAGGAUACCAAUGUCUUCUCCACUGACCUGCCGACAAAGUUUAUACCUGUGAACUUUGCGAGUCCUCUGAAGGAGGUGAAGUGCAAAGAGCGUGAUGACGUCAUGUUUGAGUGCAUUAUCACCCACCCCCUCCCCAGACUGGUCUGGAUGUUCAAGAACAAGCCCCUCGAGGCAGGGGAGAAGUUUCAGUUUGCAGUGUCGGAGGACAAGCUCACUCACAGGAUGGUGGUGAAGGACGUCAUGCCUGUAGACAAGGGUAUCUACUCAGUGGCGGCUGGCAUUCGUUCCUCUAGCGCCUGGCUCCUGGUGGAAACUGAAGAAAGCGUGGACCCGAGUAUCCAAGGCAAGAAGAAGCCAAAAAAAGGCCAGGCGAUUGAUAUAAAUGCAGGGCUUACGAACCAGCCAGUCGAUGGGAACCUUAAUAACUUCUUGAAGUCUCUCGGGGAUGGGUCUGGGUCUGGUGAUGGUGCAGGGUUAGGGUCUGGGGGCCAGAAUAGCACAGAUGGACUAGAUGGCAGUGGCGGAUUGAGAAAGGGGGGUGCUGGGAUGGGUGGCGAAGGGGGUUUAGGAGACGGGCAAGGUGGUCAAGGAGGAAUGGGAGAUGGGAAAGGAGAAAUGGGGGAUGGGAAAGGAGGAAUGGGGGGUGGGAAAGGAGGACAGGCGGGGUUAGGAGAUGGACAGGGUGGCCUUGGAGGCAAGGGUGGGCAGGGGAGGCUAGGAGAUGGAAAGGAUGGCCUUGGAGUCAAGGGUGGACAGGGGGGGCUAGGAGAUGGACAGGGUGGCCUUGGAGGCAAGGGUGGACAAGUGGGGCUAGGAGAUGGACAGGGUGGCCUUGGAGGCAAGGGUGGACAAGUGGGGCUAGGAGAUGGACAGGGCGGGCUAGGAGAUGGACAGGGCAGCCUUGGAGGGAAGGGUGGGCUAGGAGAUGGAAAGGGUGGCCUUGGAGGCAAGGGUGGACAGGGGGGGCUAGGAGAUGGACAGGGUGGCCUUGGAGGCAAGGGUGGGCAGGGGGGGCUAGGAGGCCUUGGGGAUGGCUCAGGUGCAAAUGCCAGGAGCGGGAUGGGUGAUGGUUCAGGCCUUGGCAAAGGAGGAGCUGGAGGUUUAGGUGUGGAUGGAACAGGCUCUGGGCUGGAUGGAUCUGGGUUAUCUGGAGAUGGGACAGGCCAGGGUGGUCUUGGGGGGUCUGGAGGCUCUGGAUCAGGAGGAAAGGAUGGAUCAGGCCUGGAUGGCAGCAGACCUUCAGAUGACCAGAACAGGAAAAACAGGCGAGCAGGACGCGGCCCACUGAUUGAAGAUACCAUCACCGAGCCGGUGGCCCAUUUCACCAGAGGUCUUUUUGAUAUCCAAGCUCGAAAGGGCCACUCAGCCGAGCUGGCUUGUACUUUGAGCAAUGCAGAGUCAGAUGGUACUUGGUUUAAAGAUGGUGUGAAACUGCAGUCCUGUGAAGGGUUGACCAUCUGUAAAGACGGCUCCGCCCACAAGCUGGUCUUCUCUAACGUCCAAGACUCAGACGCUGGAAAGUAUCGCUUUGAGGCUGAGGGACACAAAACUGAAUCACAUGUCGUUGUGGCAGACCCUCCGGAGAUUGACAUGGAAGAGCUGGCUCGACUGGCAAAGGAGCCCCUGGUGGUGAAGGCGGGGCAAAAUGCUGUGAUCAAGGUGCCUUUUGGGGGCCGGCCACCCAUCAAGGUGUCCUGGUACAAGGACGCAGACGAGCUGUCAGAAGACAACCGCACAGUCGUGGAGAAGGGGCCCAACCACACCCGCCUGCUCAUCGGCAAGUGCCAGCGCAAGGACUCCGGCGAGCUCAGACUCAAGCUGAAGAAUGAAAGUGGCACCAUUGAGGCUGUCACUAAGCUCAUUGUCCUAGACAAGCCUUCGCCCCCCCAGGGCCCAGUGGAAGUGCUGGACAGCUCCGCUAAUCGCAUCGAGAUCAAAUGGCGGCCCCCUCGGGACAACGGUGGGAAACCCAUUGAGAAGUAUACCCUGGAGAGGCAGCAGGUGGGACGCAACACCUGGAUGAAGAUGGGCGAAGUCCCUGGUGACACGACCACCUUCGCCACAGACAAGGUGGAGCACGGCAAGAAAUACUGCUUCCGAAUUCAGGCCACCAGCACUGAGGGGAUCAGCGAUGUCCUGGAGACUGACGACAUCACUGCCGGGACCAAAGCCUUCCCCGGACCUCCUGCCCCACCGAAGGUAGUUGCUACCUCUUGCAAAUCUAUCACUCUGUCCUGGUCUCCCCCGCACAACACCGGAGGCUCCCGAAUUGCUUGCUACAUCCUGGAAAAGCGGAAAAAGGGGAGCAGCAUCUGGUCAGCUGCCACAGAUGAGCCCAUUAAAGGCUUGAAGCACACAGUGAUUGAUGUUGUGGAAGGGUUGCAGUAUGAGUUCCGCGUGGCAGCGGUCAAUGUCUCUGGGACGGGCGAGCCCAGCGUCCCCUCUGACUUUGCCUUUGCCCGGGACCCCAUGAAGCCACCAGGCACGGUGAAAGACUUCAAAGUGACCGACUCGACAUACAGCACCCUGUCUCUGUCCUGGACCAAGCCCAGCACCGAUGAGGGCGAUGAGGCUAAGGGCUACUAUGUGGAAGUGAAGCCUGAGGACAGUGGCACCUGGCUGCGUUACAACUCGUCUCCCACCAACACCACCUCAUACACCCUCAAGGGGCUCAAGUCCAUGCAGAUGUACUUUGUGCGGGUGAUUGGUGUCAAUGACGGAGGGCUAGGGGAGCCCAAAGAACUGGAUAACUACAUCCUUGCUAUGCCACCACCAGUGAGACCGUGCUUCCACAAUGAAUCCAGCCUCAAGAGCUUCAUGGCGGUAAAGGCAGGCAACACUAUUCGGGUUAACAUUAACUUCGAGGCCUCCCCGAUUCCAGACGUGAUCUGGCUGAAAGAUGGCUCUUCCUUGUCCAAGCGAGCCACGAUCACCAACGCAGAUGGACUGUCCCAGCUCCUGAUCCCCACAUCCGAGCGCUCCGACUCAGGGGUCUACACCAUCAUGGUUAAGAACUACUUCGGCCAGGAGUGCUUCAGCUUUGAGAUUUGCGUUACAGACGACCCAAAGCCUCCAGGUCCGGUUGAGCUGGAUGAGAAGGUCCCGGGCACGGUGACAAUAUCCUGGGAGCCCUCUCCAGAUGAAAAGCGGGAUGAGAGGCUGCACUACCUGGUGAUGAAGCGGGAUUCCAGCAAACCGUCCUGGCACACGGUGGCAGACAACAUCUUCAACAACAAGUUCACAGCGGUCAUCGUGAGCGGCCGCCAGUAUUACUUCAGGGUCUUCGCCAAGAACGACAUGGGCAUCAGCAAAGCCUCCGACUCCCCGGCCUGGGGCAUCACCAAGCAAAAAGAAAAAUUUACAGUGAAGAUGCCCAACUACAAGCAGACUGAUCCAAGGCAGGCCCCAAAGUUUACCGUACGGCUGAAGAACCACACAGUGCCGCGUGGGUACCCGUGCAACAUGAGCUGUGCCGUGAAGGGCAACCCAGCACCAAUUGUCACCUGGUAUCGCAACAACAUCAGCAUCAUGGAGAACGCGCAGUACUACACUUCAAACAUCUGUGGAGUCUGCUCCAUGCUUAUCACCAACGUCAGCCCCAAAGACAGUGGCGAAUACAGCGCCAUAGCUGAGAAUUGCAUGGGCAGAGCUGAGUGCACCACCAGACUCAACGUUACAGAAUAAAACUGCAGCAGUACGGUAGAGAACUGGUCUGCUUCCUUUCUGCGCUCUCUUUUCUAACUAUACCAUUUCCCGAAAUUCCUGCAAAGCUUGAGUUUUCUGUAGAAAGAAGUAAUCAACUAAAUGCAAAUGAUUUAUGUAUAUAUUUUAACACUUGCUCAUGUGUGAUACUGUAUGUACAAUGUAAUAAAAUUAUGAAUUAGCCAUGCAUGUGUUGGAGGCGUGUGAAGUUUGGUUGCAGAUGAGACAGAUUUCAAUUGGCACCAUCUGUGCAUGAUAAGUAUAUGAUGAAGUAUUUACAAGCUGAUGAGUUCUCAAUAGUUAGGUAUUUCGUGCAUACAGGAAAUCUCUUGCAAGAGACUAUACAAAAUCUGCGUGCCUUACUGCAGUUGCUUUCUAGCAUUAAAUGCAUGACUAAAUUGUAUUUUUUUAACUUUACAUUUAUGAAAAUGUGCACAUAAAUUGUGCAAAAUGAGAAUAAUUUGGAGAUCUACAAUGAUCAUGAACCAUUUAUGGAUUUUUUCAGGUUUUACCUUUUUGACUCACAAGGAAUAAAGUUAACAGGUUCUUAAUCUGACUAGAUACCAGAACUAAACCUGAGUCUGACACUGUACCUUGGCACAUGCAAGUUCAGUUCUAUGCAUAUGUUUCCACUGUACUCUCUGUGGACACUUUUGGCUAUUUGCACUGCUGGCUUCAGUAGUGGAGGUGGCGUUUGGGGCUCCAGGUAGGUGAAUAGUAAACCAGGGGCACCACAAGCAAGUCUCUGGGCUGAGCCAUGGUAUCUAGAAAACAAAUGUGUCUUUUGCUUCAAAUUUUAAACACCUGGUAUGAUUGUCUUUACCUUUUGUUACAUACCCAUCAAAACAUACAUGUAAAGUGCUGAUUUAGGGGUCCCCGACUGGCUCACCUGGUAGAAGCACAGCCAUGUGGUGCGCAGGGUGAAUCAUACAACGCAGGUUCACGUCUUCGCUGGGGACUCCGAAGCGAGCGUCGCAUUGGCUCUGGCGCUCCCGUGGGUUAGGGAGGUAAAACCUGCAGGGACUGGUUCUCCUCAUCGUUCUACAGCAAACACUGCUGGCAGCCGCCCAGUGUGCUCCGAGCGGACACCUGCAGGGCUGGCCUUUGUCCUCCAGAGGUCAGUAGCUCGCUAACAUCCGCUUUCGAGUUCCUGGGUGAAACAGGAAGCUGGCUUGGUUGUGGGAUCGGAGGACGCCAACUGAAUCGUCGUGUUUCCUAAGCCAUGUGGGGAAUUGCUGCGGUGAGGAGAAAAGCGACUGAGCAUUCCAAACUGGGAGAAAAUCGGAGGAAAAAUUAUAAUUGGACACACUAAAUUAAAAAAAAAGAAAGUGCUGAUUUAACCACUAUAGCGGAAAUUGCAAACAAAUAUUUUUAAAUAUGCUUUGAGUUUUCAUAUAAUAUCAGAAUGAAUUUCUUUUGAAAUUAAUUGUGUUGUGUACAAUAUUUUGCUCACCUUUUUACGUAUUUAAUUUAUUAAUGCAUGUAAUUUUAUUUAUUUUUAGGAGCAGUUGAUCUAGAAUAGAUUCCAUCAGAUUGCAUCCCUGUUUUCUGUUUUUGUGCAGUGCCUGACAUCUGGAGUGACGCUUCUGAUUGUUAAACUUGGAUGUUGAUGAAUUAAACGACAGUACAUCGAUGACUUAUCAGUGCAAA